CCCAACGUGCGUUAACGUGGUGUAGCUGCCUCGCGCGCUAGCUUUAUGAGCAUUAAAUGGACAAAUAUGACAAAUACUUGUGGUUAUAAUGAUUAAAGUUGUUUUUUCAGAAUCUCAGUAGUCAUUCAAACGUUUCCGGAACAAGUUUGGAUACCAAACUGCACGUUGAUUCCAGUUCGUGUUGCACCAGCAGCGUACCCAGUAGGAAGAUGAAAGCUCGUGAAAAGUUCCUCCUCGACGCUUCUCUGCUGUACAAAGACAAAUGUCCGGAGCUAUCCCGGUUUCUCAUGCAGCGGCCCAUGGAGGCAGACAAAAAAACAAAUCAGAAAUCUUCCAGUCUGGUGCAGAGCCCCCCCGUGUGCCCUCGCUGCUAUCAGUGGCUGCAGCCAGACAAUCAACGGGUGAGACUGCGGCCAAAGCAGCGCCCAUCGGCACGGAUGCAGAGCGUCCUGCGUAGGCAGGCCAGGGGCAAACGACUCAGCCUGAAGCAAAAAGAACUACUGCACCGCUUCCAAAAGUCCUGCUCAUUACUGAUGGCCACCUGCCACACUUGCCACACAACAUCUAGACACAAAGGGAUGAACAGGGAGUUUCUUGCCAACUUUGCCAAGACCCACAGCACACCAGGGAGCGUAGGGAAACACAAGACCCCUCAAUCAGCCGGCAGAGGCAACAUGAACACCCAGAAGACUCCCAGCAAAGACAAGACACCUGCUCAUACACCUAGGUCUUCCAUCUCCUCCAGUACUUCAGGCUCAGGCUCGUCCUCCUCUAAAUCUGCAUCUAAACCAAAGAACUGGGUCGUCCAGCGCCUCAGCAAGAUACUCAUGCGGGAGGACAAUCAAGGAGGCAAGAAGGGGGGCUUGAAGGAUUUUCUGUCUUCCCUUUGAAAGGCCCUGAAAUGCAUCUUGUCUUUACUCCCACCCUUAAGAAAAUAAGGGCUUUGACCGAUGUUUUAACCUGUUUACACAGGAGGCUAAAAGGGGAACUUAAGAAAGUAACUUUGGUUUCCUAGCCGGUGUGGGAAGGGUUACAGUUUGCCCACCAACACGACUAUUGCCGGGCUGUUAGGAAUGGCACUCCUGGUAUCCUGAAUGCAACAUAUGAGAGCGCAGGGCUGGUUCUUUCAACUAUUAAUCAGGGUUACUGCCUCAUUUAUUGAGCCAAUCACAGGAGAGUGCUUCUUUCUCUACUCUAGCACAUUCCUCUUGUAUUUCCUAAACAAGGGGUGCUAUUUAAAGUUUAUUAUUUCAUAGCAGGAUAGUUCAAUUUUCAGUGAAAGGCUGAGAUUCUGCAGAAAACCAAACUUUGUUCUGUGGAACAAAAAGCUGGUUUACAUGUCAAUUUCUUUUCUAAAGUUAAAGCUAAGCAUUUUUACAGCAAGUACAUACUGUGCAAUUAUUCAUUUAACUUUUUUGUAUUUGAUUUUUAUUCAUUUCUUUAUUGUGAGCCCUUAUUGGUGUGUUUGAUUUUACUUUGCACAAUAUUGGCAGAUGUAAAAGUAUUGUUAGCACUGAUGUAUUUCUUAUAUACAUAGUUGAGAUAAGGAGAUAUUUCUAGAAUGGGACUCAUUGUGUUUACAUUGAUCAGGCACAUUCUGCCUAGACCUCACUGACAGUCUCUGUUGUCAAACUUUGUGUUAUUUUCAUAUUUUCUUCAGCUAAAUGUUUUGUAAGGUAACUCUUUUGUUAAGAGCAGGAAUUCUUACAUAUCUACUCUCUUUUGUACUGCUGGGAAACCUUCCCUUUUUCCCUUAGCUGUUCAGAGUACACUAUGUGAUAUUAAAUCUGAAAUACCUCACAUUUGUAUUCCACCUACACCUUGGAUCUGAAAUAAAAUUUUUAAACUUU